GGGAGGCGGGCGAGAGGCGGGCCUGGGCGGUCUCCUCCCUCCGGCAUCAAGGCAGAAGCUGGACACCUCCGGGCUGGGCUGGGGCUCCGCUCCCUCCUGCCCUCCGGCCCCUGCGCCCACCUCCCCCUGCCGCGAGUCCUGAUGGCAGCAGAGCCACUGACUGAGCUGGAGGCGGCCAUUGAGACAGUGGUCAGCACCUUCUUCACCUUUGCAGGGCAGGGGGGCCGGAAGGGUAGCCUCAGCAUCGAUGAGUUUAGGGAACUGGCCGCUCAGCAGUUGCCUCACUUGCUCAAGGACGUGGGCUCCUUAGACGAGAAGAUGAAGAGCUUGGAUGUGAGUCAGGACUCCGAGCUCAAGUUUCACGAAUACUGGAGACUGAUAGGGGAGCUGGCCAAGGAGAUCCGGAAGGAGAGGGCCCUGGAGAUCCGGAAGGAGUAAAGCCCUGACCAGGACAGUGCUGGGCGGGGCCAGCCAGACAGAACCCCACGCCCUCCAAAAAAGCCUCUUCCUUGAAACAUAAAUGUUUCUUAUUCCCACCCUACCCCUCUUUCUUCUCUUGAGAGUAAGCAGUGCAUAAGUUCUGCCCUGAACCAAGAGUGGGUCCAAAAAUUAUGAGCUCUUGGGGCACCUGGGUGGCUCAGUUGGUUAAGUGUCUGCCUUUAGCUCAAGUCAUGAUCCCAGGGUCCUAGGAU